GUGCAUGGUCUUCCUCUUACGCUCAAAACGCUAGGGUUUUAGAAGCCAUCGAGGUUGGGGUUUUACACAUCUUCCUCCUUAUAUCGGUCUCAGAGAUCUGAGGGUCAACUAUUUCCUCCUCCACUUCCUGCUAACACUGGUUUGAUCUCGCCUGCAAUGGCCACCAUUGCUCUCCCAAUUUCUGGUACAGCAGCUGACUCCAGUGCCCAGAAGAAGGCGGAGGAGAAAGUUGAUUACCUAGACCUUCCCUGUCCGAUUCCCUAUGAAGAGGUCCACCGUGAAGCUCUCAUGUCCUUAAAACCAGAGCUCUUUGAGGGGAUGCGCUUUGACUUCACCAGGGGCCUUAAUCAAAAGUUUUCUCUCAGUCAUAGCCUGUUCAUGGGCCCUACUGAGGUUCCUUCUCCAUCCUCAGAAACCCUUAAAAUCCCUACUUCUCACUAUGAGUUUGGUGCGAACUUCAUUGAUCCUAAGUUGAUGCUCAUUGGGAGAAUAAUGACUGAUGGGAGGCUAAAUGCAAGAGUCAAGUGUGAUUUAACGGAAAGCCUCACUUUAAAGGCCAAUGCUCAGCUUACAAAUGAACCACACAUGUCUCAUGGGAUGGCCAACUUUGAUUAUAAGGGAAAAGACUAUAGGACACAGCUUCAAGUUGGGAAUGGAGCCUUAUUCGGGGCAAGUUAUAUUCAGAGUGUGACACCUUAUUUAUCAUUGGGUGGAGAAGUAUUUUGGUCUGGUCAGCAUCGGAAGUCUGGUAUUGGUUAUGCUGCUCGCUACAAUACUGAUAAAAUGGUUGCUACAGGGCAAGUAGCUAGCACCGGAAUGGUUCUUCUAAGCUAUGUUCAGAAGGUAUCUGAGAAGGUAUCUCUAGCAUCAGAGUUCAUGUAUAAUUACAUGUCAAGAGAUGUCACAGCUAGCUUUGGUUAUGACUACAUCCUUAGACAGUGCCGCCUGAGGGGCAAGAUUGAUUCUAAUGGCUCUGUCUCUGCUUUUCUUGAGGAAAGAUUAAAUAUGGGUCUCAACUUCAUUCUUUCAGCCGAGCUUGAUCACUCGAAAAAAGACUACAAAUUUGGGUUUGGUUUGACAGUUGGAGAAUAGAUUAGCGGACUGGAAGUUUUAUUUUAACUCUCAUUGCUGGUGCUAGCCUAGCGGGCUUUCUUGCUCUUUUUCAUUUGUUUUUUUUUUUUUACUGGGGAAUCAGAGAGAAGAAUUUUAAUGCGGGAAACAUCACAUGUGUGAUCCACAAGUUGCUGCAGAAAAUUUAGUAGUCAUUUAUUUGUUUGUUACUGGGCUGAAGACAUUUUAUUUGGAUGUCGUCUUGUUUCCCUUCUACGGCCUUUAGAGUGAUCAGAAAUUGAAAAUAAUUCAUUUUGUGAUGAGAUUCAUGUUGUCUCCCGUGGUAUGUCAUGAGAUUCAGUUUUGUCAUAUUCAUACUUUCGUUGCC